AUUACGUAUACAUAUUAACAGUUUAUAAAUAUUUUUAAUGUAAAUUAGUUUAAAGGACUAUACAUAAACUGUUCCCGCGAUUGUAUGAAAUCAGUCUAAUGUUUGUUAACCAAAGCAUUAAAGGCAGCCAUUAUUCAUUAAGCUUUCAAAGUAUAGUUUCAAAAGAGAAGAUGUUUGGUACUCACCGACAAGGUGUUUCUUGCCGGUUAAUGUACAUAAUCGUGCUGUAUCAGCUGCCGAACUUCAUCAGCAGUCAAUGCGGCAAUGGCACGUAUUUCAGUCAUGAUUUGGAAGGGUGCUUGGAUUGCCCUGACAUACCCUCGAUUGAUUGUCGAGAUGUACACCAGAGUGACAUAAAAUCGUGCUUAGAAAAUUGUAUAAGUAUAACAGGUAAUUAUUUUACUGAUUAUUGACUGAAAUAUAGCUUGACCAUCAUAUAUUAUAGUCUAUGUAUAGAACGUAUACUUGCCUCAUGUACUGUAUUAUAUAUAGGCUAGAUAUAUUAGGAAUAGCUCUGGUUGUCGAUCCACACUGCCAAAUCAGUCUGCUUAUCAGUCCGGACUAGUAUGUACAGUAAUUGCAUGAAUAUAAGCAUGGAUAAAAACGGUUGCAUUUCAAACUUUGCCAUAAACUAAACGUAUGAUCAGCAGUAAUUUUCUUACCCUGGUUCCAGAGGUUUAUUUUUAUUAUUUUCAUUGCGAAGGGGAGAGGAAAAAUAAACCUCUGGUUGAAAGCGGCAAUUGAUUCAUCGAGCCGCGCCAAUCAGUUUGAAUUAGGGUCAGAUCCUGACUCUGUCUCCUGAUUGGAUGAUUGUAUUAAAGCUCUCUGAUUGAUUCAAAUAAAACAUCCAUAACCAAUCAGAGAGCUUUAAUACAAUCAUCCAAUCAGGAGACAGAGUCAGGAUCUGACCCUAAUUUAAACUGAUUGGCGCGGCUCGAUGAAUCAAUUACCGCUUUCAACCAGAGGUUUAUUUUAAACCUCUGGAACCAGGAUAUAAUUUUCUCACGUCAGAAUGACAAUCGCAUACGACUAAUCGUAUCGUGCAGAUAGGCAAUUUAAAUGUCUUCACCUCAUUUCGAAGUUCAUAUGAAAUCAUAUCCAAGCCAGUGCGCAAAGCUAACUGAUAAAACUACUAAUAAAAAUACGAAACAUACCAGACCCCCUUCCCCAUUGAUUUAUUUAGAUUUAAUAGCUUGAUUUUUCCCUCAAUGCUGUUUCAGUAAUAUUCAAUUGUGGUAUUUAAUAAAAAAAUUAUGGUAACUGCGUGACGAACAACGUCAUUAAUUGGAGAAUUCGAGUUGUAUAGACUAUCAGACUUCUAGUAAUCUAGUUGGGGUUGUAAGCAAUCUUUAAAAUAUUAUUCGUUUUCAAAUUGAAGAGCGAAGCAAAACGUUAACUGGUUCAAUGAAUGAUUACGUGCAUGUAGGCAGCAGGCAACACAGAAAGUGUAUUUACCCCCAAGUAUUAUCUCAUAUGAUAAUCAGAUUGUCAAAAUACUCGUACUGAAAGCUGCACUGCGCGCUCAAGUUUGAUAAUACGGAUUCAUCUCUUCAUGAUACAAUACAAACAUUUAAAAUGCACUAUAGCAACACUCAAAAAGUUAUUUUGCUAUUGCGUCAACUUCAAAAUAUUCGCAUUGUCUUUUACUAACCAUCCGAAGCCAAUUUGCAUAUUGAUUGAAUUCACAAACAAGGUUAUACUCAUUUGGUUUUGUAGAAUCCAAAUGAAAAAAAUCAUUCUGACUGACAUCAUGCAUGCAUGCAUGCAAUACCAAUGUAUAAGCAUAUUUCAUAUAUAAAAUACGUUUCAAUGUUUAUAAAUCACAAUAAUCCUACAUGUAUUCAACAAAAAUUACGUAUGCACAAUAAUCUAGGGUAAUUCCCUUGGAAGAAAAAACCCUGAAUCAGUUAUUUUUCAAUUUUUCCGACUAAAACAUUCCACCAGUAGGUUAGACUAUGCGCAGUACUAGUGAAGGGAAAUGUUGUCGAAAGUAAAAUUUAUGAUAAAGUCCAGGUAUUGAAUAAUCGCCAUGCUUGUUGCAAGCGGGCAUAACAUAGGGCAAGUGAAACGAAUAUAACUCGAGCGCUACCCCCAACCGGAAUCUUAAAGGCAAUCUUGAAGGUCAGUCCCAGUCUUUUCAUGCAUGCGAAGAGCACGGUCAAUCCGUCAACAUAAAUAUGUAAUGAAAAACGUCUUAACAUUUACAAAAAACCUUUUCAACGGCGCUGGAAACUUUCUAUUAAUGCAUUUUUCAGGUAAAAUUUCCUAAUAGACUUUUCUUAUUUAAUUUAUUAAAACGGCUCCCUGAACUAGUCCUGCGAGACACGCGUGUCUAAUGGUUAGAUGUGGCUUCAAGAAAAAGAUGGGUAGGGUUCCAGUUAUAUUCAUUUCACUGCACAGGGCACAGAACUGGGUUGUCUCCAACUGCAUGAAUGCCGAUAUAUGCCUCAUAUACGAUGCUGCUCAUAUACCACCUCAGUCCGAUGGAUAAGCAUCGGGGAGACUGACGAUUUAUGUGGUAUGUUCAUAAGAUCAUAUUUGUUUUAAUUGUCGAAAGCGGUAUUGGAUUCAAGGCUACGUAGCAUUAUUCUCUCACAUUUUAGUAAUCUUUGAUUUAAUGCCUCCUUCAUGAUCAGUACUGGCCUGGAUAAAUGUCUAGCUCUUCCUGAUCUAUUGAAGAAGAUGGAUUGAGGUGGGACUUUCCUUCCUCCGAGAGGUUUACAUAUCUAAAUUUUUAUACUUUUAUACAUAGAUAUUGGGAAUAAAAUUGUAAAAAAAUUAAAAUCGUUGAAAAGAACUUCGAAGCUGCGUCUAGUGGACAUUUUGCUACAUUUUCUCUACAUGCAAGUCAGUCUUGGUUUGAGCUCAAAAAUUUAAUCGUGAGCAUUUGAAAAUGAAAAAUCAGGGAUACAUCAUAUUAGAAAAGUGGGUUACUUUUUAUAACAUGAUUAAAAAAAAAUCGCAAGAAAUAUAGGUUCAGGCCGUCAGCAUUGACAGUUUAAAUUAGAGAAAUGAUUAUUUGGGCUUGAGAGUCGAUUAUCAUUUUAUUUAAAUUGAGGUUAAAUUAAUAAACUGUGCAUAAUUUUCAGCAACUUCAACACCAAGUCAUCAUGAAAAGAAACCAACGCCAACAACAAAGCAUCCGUCUAAACAUCUUCGACAGCGCAUUGGUGGGAUCAUAUUGGAUCACUUUAUUGUACUGGUAUGUGUUGUUGUCUUGGGAACACUUGCAGUUGCGUACAUCGUUUGGAAAUGUGUGCAUCCAGAGCGGUGGCCUACCUAUACCGUUGCUGCAUAUUAUUUGCGGAUUGGAACAGAAAAUACAGCAGUGCAAUCAGAAAAUACAACCAAUGGCCGAGAUAAACGACAGUCACCAGGCGCCAUUCAACUGCCGAUCCGUACGCAGCGAAUAUAGGAAAAAGAAUGUGUAUAUAUAUAAUUCAACAAUCAAGAGCCCAUCCAUUCUGGAAGCGCAUGCACUUUCCUCUCCAGAUGCUUAUCAUUUAGUCUUGGGGGCUUUAUCAGCUAACCUUGAGGGCUUUCAAGCAUUUUUAUUAGCCCAGUUAAAUGAAGUCUUGAGAACGAGUGAGAGAGCGCGCAAAUAGUAACUUCCAACCCUUAAUUUUUAAUGUGUUGAAACCUCACGCGCUGUCUCACUGAUAUCUACUUCAAAAGGCAUUAAUAAUUCAUGAGGAAAACACAAAGAAAAAUCAUAAGCGUGUCGUAUCUUUAUAUGUGAUAGAGAUUUACAUAAACUUUAACUUUGAUUUUCUCGACUUACCAACGUAUUUUUUGAAAAUUACUUUGCCAAUGAACUUACUAGAUCGAUCGUUUUUUGAAGCAAUUUAAAACAUUCGCAGUGCGUGUUUUAUCAGACCUAAAGAUACUAGGCUUCGCCUCGUAUCUUUAUAUCUGAUAAAACGCUGCUGCUCAUGUUUUAAAUAGUACGUAUGCAUACCGUCGUGUUGUACCGCAUGUCUUGGUGAUUAUAAAUACAAUAUAAAUGUCGCACGUUUCUGGACGUGUACCAAGUUGUACUGACGAGGUGUAGAACGCUGAAACAUGCAUGUCUGCCGAUUGUCUGCUUUAAAUUAAUGAAAUACUUCUAACACAGUAUGUACCACACUAGGAGGCGCAUCUCUUCUCUCACACUAGGAGGCGCAUCUCUUCUCUCUCUCCCCUCAAAAUUAUUAGUCACUAAGAGCGACUAAAGGCUACACAAGCGUUUUGUCGUUAUCGGAAAAUGUAUGGCUUAUAAGUUGUCAUUACUCAUUAGUGAAUGCGCGUAUACAUGAAACUGUUUUUACAGUUUCAAUAUUAGUUUGUAAAUCUCUGAAUGGUAAAACUUGCCAAUACUCCAAUAAUACGUUUCAAAAAAAAGACAAAAAAGCUUUAGUUUUGCAGAGUUAAAUUCUCAAACGUGUAAGGCAAUAAUAAGAUGAAAGUAUCACGAAAUUAUUUGAAUAGACCACAUCAUAUAUAUGGGGGGCGAAUGUCCUAAAGAGGGGCGCUAUUCCUAGGGUAUUCGCCCCACCCCCCUGGGAGGCGAUAUUCCUAGGAUAUUCGCCCCCGGGGCCGGGCGAUAUUCCUAGGAAUAUCGCCACGUUUUGAGGGGGGGACGAAUUUCCUGGGGGGGGGGCGACCUUUUUAAAAAUUCUAUCAUGCCCCCCAAAAUUUGAGUUUGCCCCUCUAAUGCCCCCCCCCCAAAUUUGGAAGUUUGGCGCCGCCACUGGAAGUGCUUAUGUCACGCAAUGUGGAAUACUUGUUGGUCAAAUAUUCUUUGUCUGGCAAUCCAAGGUAUGCGCAAUGCAAUGUGGGAUACAUGUAUGUUUAAUAUUCAUUAUCUGACAGUGACGUGACGUAAGGAAUUCUAAGAUCAAUUGAUACUCUAAAAACACUUCGGUUAAAUUUGGGAUAAUUCAACCAGGAUGGGGUUAAAAAUCCACCAACACAAUUCUCGUUAAAAAAUUAACCAUUUUCCUGGUUAAAAGUCCAAAGAAGUAUACCAGAUUUCUGUUGAAUCGAAAACAGGAAAUGUGUUCAUAAAUUUAACCAGGGUUAUUGACUCAGUUCCUGCCUGCUGGUUAAAUUAACCACAGUGUUUUUAGAGUGUAUAUAUAUGCCUUAGCGGAACAGAACGAUGUAGGCGACUUAUACCGGCCCUGCAAGCCAAGUUACUCUCCUAUGAUGUGUGCGUAUAUACAGCCAUGCAGGCAAACUGUGUGUUUUCCAUGGAAUCGAGAUACUCUGCAUUUAACACUUCGCAUUGUCGACCUCGAUUUAUUCUCAUGUAUUUUUGAACUUGAUUAUAAUUCAAAUACAAGGAUUCUUCAUUCUAUAUAUCAAUAUACCUAUAUAUAGUGGAGCGACAGCGUGCUCAGAGAAGAGAAUUUUGGACUAUAGAACAAGUCUUAUUCAUUCCGAACAAUUCAUUUGGCUUUCGUGAACAUUGCCGUAUAGUCGUAUUAUGAAGUAGAAUAAAACUGACACACUUAAGAAUGUAAUAUCACAUCGAGGCCAAUUAUGUAAUUUGGUAAGCGUAUAUACUUGAUGUAAAGCGCAUGCAUUUGAUCAUAUCCAUUAUCCACAUGUAAAUUUGCGCGCUAUAGAAAUGCUAAUCGUAAUCGUAAUAUAUUACUGUUUGUUGGCAUAAAUAAUCUUAUUUGUAAACUAAAAUGAGUCAAUAAUGAUCGAGGGCUGGGCUCCCGCGCA